GCUUUGGGAGAAGAGACAAUUUGCUGGCAUCAAAGUUCAGAUUUAAACCCUGCCUUUCACCCUACUUGAGCUCUUCAACACAUCCUUCCUGCUCAGUGGCUUGGAGCUUUCAAUGCACCAAAAUGAAGUUCCUCUUUGAUUUAUUUGCCCUCUCUCUCAUCAUAACACCUGUGUUUUGUGGGAUCAAAGACUUCAGUGAGCAUUUUCAGAGCGUAAAAAAUGGUCAUCUCCAUGAAAAUGGAUCCCACGAGAUGCCUGAUCUUCCACCAGAGUUCCACAGGGAAAACACCAUAACCAAUGACCUGAUUGCUGAAGAAGAAGAAGAGGAAGAUUACUUAGAUUUGGAGAAGAUACUGAACGAAGAUGACGACUACAGUGACAUAAUUGAUGCUGUCCCAUAUAAGAUUUCUGAAAUUCAGCAAGGGAAUAUUCUUGAACUUUUCCACGGUAAAACCAGAAUCCAGCGUCUUAAUAUCCUCAAUGCAAACUUUGGCUUUGAUCUUUUUCGGAGUCUGACAGAAAGCACUAAUGCUACAGACAACAUUCUGAUGGCUCCUGUUGGCAUUUCCACCGCGAUGGCAAUGAUUUCAUUGGGACUGAAGGGACAGACGCAACAAGAAGUACUAUCAGUUUUAGGCUUUCGAGACUUCAUCAAUGCCAGCUCUACGUACGAGAUCAUGACGAUUCACAACCUCUUCCGUAAACUAACUCAUCGGCUCUUCCGACGUAACUUUGGUUACACCCUGAGGUCAGUCAAUGAUCUGUAUAUUCAGAAGGACUUUUCCAUUCUGAAUGAUUUCAGAAACGAUAUGAAGAGUUACUACUUUGCAGAGGCUCAACUAACUGACUUCUCAGAUCCUGCCUACAUAACUAAAAUCAACGAGCGUAUUAUGAAGCUCACCAAAGGAUUAAUAAAGGAAGCUCUUGUGAACAUAAACCCUGCAACAGUGAUGAUGAUUCUCAACUGUCUUUAUUUUAAAGGAACCUGGGAAAACAAGUUUCCAGCAGAAAUGACACACAAACGAAUAUUCCGUGUGAAUGAAAAAGAAACGGUCAAGGUUCCCAUGAUGCAGACGAAAGGGAACUUCCUGGCUGCUGCAGACCCUGAACUAGACUGCUCUGUGCUCCAGCUGCCAUAUGUGGGGAACAUCAGCAUGCUGAUCGUGCUGCCGCACAAACUAACUGGCCUGAAGGCACUGGAGAAGCAACUGACCCCUCAGGCGGUGGAGAAAUGGCAAAAAAGUAUGAUAAACAGAACGAGAGAGGUGGUUCUGCCUAAAUUUAAGCUGGAAAAGAGCUAUAACCUGAUUGGUUUUCUGAAAUCCAUGGGAAUACAAGAACUGUUUAAUGAAACAGGCAACUAUUCUGGAAUAUCAGAUGAGAAAGUCACCAUUAACAUGUUCAACCACCAAGGCACAAUCACUGUGAACGAGGAAGGCACACAGGCUAUGGCUGUGACUACUGUGGGGUUCAUGCCCCUUUCCACUCAGAUUCGAUUCACUGUUGACCGUCCCUUUCUGUUCCUGAUCUAUGAGCAUCGCACCAACUGCCUGCUGUUUAUGGGUAGAGUUGCUAACCCUAGCAAGUCGUGAGAAUGGAGGUGUGCUGUAUGGAUGCUUACCCACAAGGCUAUGAGAUUGUUUUAGUAUAGCAAUAUUUGAAAGGAAAAAAAUGUUUGGCACAUUAGUGAUCCCAGAUGCUAUCAUUACAUGAGUCACUGCUAUCAGAAGAAAAUGCAGUAUUGGUGGAGACGGUCAUCAAAUGGACUCACACCACUAGAUGAUUUGACAGCAAUUCUUAAAAGGUUAAUAUCAUGCAUUGACAGAAUUAACUGUAUUGAAACUUCAUUAGGUAACUUACACUUUAUUCUACUUCGGUGUAUUAAAUGUAAUGAGAAAAUAAAACAUUUAGACCAAGUGGAUGCUUGAAGUUAAGAUCUUAAAUCUAUAUUUAAGGAACAAGUAGGCACCUUAGGGAUGUUCAAACAGACAACAGCUUCUUAGGCCUUCUUAAUGCCUAAAUCAGACUUAGGAAUCUAGCGUUAAGUACUCAUUUUUUUAAAACUCUCAGCUUUAUAAGGCUUGCAUCUGCCCUUCAUUACCUUGUGGCACAAAUUCAGUCUGGAGGAAACUGGCACUAUUCUAGGGAAGAGCUAGCCAAAACCUGCAGCGGGCUAAAUGGAAGAGUAAGUAGUAACUUGAACUGAUUUCCCACUCAGCAGGUGCAUAUCGUAUUAAGCCUGUGCAUGUGAGGCACAGAAAAGAGGGGCAGUAGGAAAAAGCCAUUUAACAGGCCUGGGUAAGAAACUAACCAGUUUCUUCAUUCUACACUGGCUUAACUCCCAUUAUUUCAAUGGAGUUACUCUAGCUCCUGAAGGCUGUUUGAGGUCAAAUGUUUAACACAUAAUCAGUAAGAUUCACAGAAUAGUUUACAUUGUGGUGACCAGAAGAAGAAUGCAGUUUGCAAAAGCUUGUCUAAGUCUAUUGCAAUCAUACAGCUAGCCCAACAACGGUUAUCACCCACAAAAAGCCUUGCCUCUGCAUCACAUAGCAAAAGGUGUUUUAUGUACAGUGCUGGAGAUGGGGAAGCACUUAUUUCAGUAAGUAAACACCACUCUCUCUUUCCUCCAUUACUUUACCAGAAGUCUUUUCUAUAAAACAAAGCAUUUGUGAAAGAAAAGAAAGUUCUGAAAAACCAUUCCAGACUCAAACUAAUUUAUUUUGGUACACAAAAUUUCAUAAAGAGCAGUGAAAUACUUGCAGUUCCUUCAGCUUUUAUAGUAGGAACACAAAUCCUACUGACUUUUUUUGGUAUCCAUAUGAAUGCAACACACUUCUAUUUAAUGUGGGAACCCACUCCCAACUUCAAAGACAAUCAUUUAAUGGAGGAACAAAAAAUGACAUGUUUUAUACCAACUGUCAAAAUACCCUGAUAAAAGUCAUAUUCACAUUUCUUGCCUCCUACCUUUUCCUGUGUCUUUUACAGAGCACACCCUGUCGUCUCAGUCUGUUAUACCAUUUGGCACAAAAUCUCAAUUACUUGACUAUUAAAUUUAGGCUACCAACAAAUAUGCAAAGUAAGACAUUAUGUAUCAAUCAAUAGUUACUUUAAGGAUUAAGUAGCCCUUUAAGUUUGUUAAAAAACCUAUACUAUACAAUCGUUGUUGAUCCUGUUUUGCUUUUAUGCAACACAAUUUUGAUUUUUUUUGUCCCUUGAAAUUAUUUGUCCAACUCCAUAUAAAACUGUUUUAACAUUUAAAGGCAAAUAAAGCUGCUGUACUGAAAAAA